AGAUUGCGCGACGUCACGCACCCGGAAGUCAUGUUCAUUCAUUCUACCGGUUUCUAUCUGUGGUUUCUGUUCAAGUUGCACCGCAUCCCAUGUUAGGGCUCGUUACUGGACGCACGAGAGAUGUUGCUGCUGGUGCUGGGUGCCCUCCUCCUGCUCUUCUGCACACUGGAUGUAUGGUACUUCCUGCGGGGGGCCCAGGUGUUCUUUGAGGCGUGGUUCCUACCCAGAAUAUGGGACUUGUUGGCCGAGCAAAGCAUUGACGGCAUGGUCCUCCCCCAUGAUUUGGACUACAUGGGCCACAUGAACAACUCUCGAUAUCUAAGAGAGUGUGACUUUGCCCGCUUCCACCAUUACAUGCGAAACGGGCUCUUCAUGGCCUCGCGCAAACUGGGGGCCAGAUUGGUGGUAGGGGCCUCCACCAUCCGGUACCGGCGCUCGCUGGCCUUCCGUGAGGCUUUUGAGAUUCGGACCAAAAUAUUGGGAUGGGAUGAGAAGGCGUUUUAUUUGGAGCAGCGCUUUGUGUCCAAGAGAGAUGGUUUUGUCUCUGCGAUCAUGCUCUGCAGGCAGAAUGUGGUGCGCUGCAGCCCGGAGACCAUUAUCGAGUUUGUCUGCAAAAGGAAGAUCGAGUGCCCCGAAUUUCCCGAGGACCUCAAACACUGGAUCAGCUUCAUCUCAGCCAGCAGCCAGGCUCUGAGAGCAGAGAGCGGCCUGGAAGGGAAGAACAAGUGAAGCCCCACACCGAGACACCAUGUAUCAUGAGUGUACACCCACAUAUCAUUUGCAUUGCACGCACAUAUACAGUAUACAUACAAGCACACAGACCGUUAAACAUUGUAGAGUUUUCAGUUGAUUCACAAGAUUCCAUUUGUCUCUGUUUCGGGGUCGAUCCCUCCUGCUGUGUAUUUUUGUAUGAUGUGAACAGAAAUACUGAACUUACGAAAACUUGAACUGUAGGGUAAUCCAUAUUUUAAAAUGCACUGUAUGCAUUGGGAUCAUAUUGAAAGUUCUUUGAGAACAUAGUGACACAAGAACGUAGCUUUAUCCUCGUAGCGCACAGACCGGCUUUAGACAUCUUCAUUCUCAUUUUUAGCAGAAAUCCUCUAACGUCAGAUAAGCAUGUCGAGCAAAAGUUAAUCUUCCACUGACAUCAAUGCAUGUUUUAGAACACACAGAAGAUUUCUUUUGUGCCUGUUUCUCUUGAUUAGCCGUAGUUUCAGAGCAUUAUAACUUUUUACAAGAAAAAAAAAAAGCGUAGAUGUGAUGAAAUGCUUGAAUGGACGUCAUGAACAUUUUGCACAAAGUAUCCCAAGUGAGUAGACAAACUUAAUUCUUGUUAACAAUCUGGAAGGGACUAUUUGAUUUCGAAGGAUCCUUUUAAUCAGUCCAGUAUUGUUUUUACAGACUGUAUGACUCAUGCAUUUAAAGGGCAGGCUUCUUGAUUGGAGUUGCAUGUCAUUGUGAGAGAAACUGCUCGGAUCCAAAUUAAUAGGCAUAAUAAGCAAAUGCUGAUAUGAGGUUGCUGGCAACUUUUCCAAACCUGCAAUGCAAGAGAAACGUUAAUGUUAGGACGAUGCUUGGCCUUUUAAAUCUUGAAGCUUCCCUUUAAUGCAUCAAAGCUUUAUUUUGUGACCAAAGUAUUGUAUUGUUCUGUAUGAAGAGGAGACAAAAUCAUUUUUAAAGAUGUAUGUCUAACCUGUUAUUUAUGUUGCUGAUGCACUGAAAAUCCUGUUUAAUUUAUUUAAGUCUGAAGAUAUUCACUGUCCUUUUCUUUUCCACUUGUAUUAUUUAAUAUCCAUUGAAAUGGAUUGAUGUACUUAACUCCAUGUAUUGUGUUUGUUAAUUAUUUAGAGGAAUUUUAAAUUAAAAAAUGCAGUGGAAACUA